AUGUCUAAUAGGGUGAUUGGGUGUAAAACUGCAAAACAAAUCUGGGAUGCUUUAGAAACCAGAUGUCAAGGAACUCAAGCCAUCAAGAAAAACAGAAAAACCAUACUUACACAGGAAUAUGAGCACUUUGAUUCAAAGUCUGGUGAAUCAUUGACAGAUCUGUAUGACAGGUUUGUCAAGCUGCUAAAUGACUUAUCUCUGGUGGAUAAGGAGUAUGAUCUUGAAGAUUCAAAUCUCAAAUUUCUUCUAGCUCUUCCUGAAAAAUGGGAUUUAAAAGUUACCACCAUAAGAGACAAUCAUGAUCUUGGAGAGAUGUCUCUUGAUGAUAUUUUUGGAAGGCUGAAGACUUAUGAACUUGAGAUGGAGCAAAGAAAUAAAAGACAUGGAGGAAAAUCCAAGCCUGUAGCUCUGAAUGUUCAAGAAGAAGCUGUUGUGAAAAGCAAAGGGAAAGCUUAUGUCACAAAAUCUGAUGAUGAGUCAUUAAACUCUGAUAAUGGCUUAAACUCUGAUCAAUCCUCAGACUCUGAGGAUAGUGAAUCUGAGAUAAUGCAGCUGGCAGCACUGAUGGUUAAAGGUUUUAAGAAGAUGGGUUACAGAAAGUUCAACAAAGGGAAGAAGAUGUCAAGAUCAGACAGAAGCUCUGAUAAAAAGGGAUUCAGAAAGAAUGUGGGAAAAGAAGAAAAAGCUGGAAUGAUGGAUAAGUCCAAGUUUACCUGUUUCAACUGUGGAGAGAAGGGUCACUUUGCUACUGAAUGCAAGAAAGUGAAGAAUGAAAAGGGACAAGCCUUCAUCACCAAGAAAGGGAACUGGGUAGACACAUCAGACUCAGAGGAAGAGAUCAACUAUGCUUUAAUGGCAAACACUCAUAACAACUCUGAAACUGCUGAAACUAAGGUACCUCAUUCUACUCUUGCCUUUGAUACUGAAGAUAUAACUGAGUAUGCAUCUCUUGAAUCAGAACUUGCCAAGGAAAAGGAAGUAAUUAAGACAUGGACAAAUUCAGGCAAAACUACUCAGGAUAUCUUAGGUAGUGGAAAUUGGAAGAAAGGGCUAGGUUAUACUGAUAAAACAGAAGCUGAGUCAUCAAAAACAAAGUUUGUUAAGGCUGAAAAACCUAAGAUCAAACCUGUUAAAUUUGUUGCAGAAUCUUCUAAGUCAAAACAGAACAGACCAGAAUCAGAGAUUAACAACAAAUUAAAAUCUGAAAAGCCCAAACAGGUUAAUAUAGGCUUAAUGACUCAGAAACAGCUUAAGCAUAAGCUCAAGGAGGUUAAGCAAGAAAACAAGGUCAAGGAACCUAGGAAAAAUAGGAAUGGAAAGGCUGGCCCAAAUGUUUCUUAUGAUGAUGGCAACAUAGGGAAGACUUUGGGAUAUGGCAAUAUCAAUCUUGGAAGUGUCAUCAUUGAAUCUGUAGCUCUGGUCUCAGGACUUAAACACAACUUGCUCAGUAUAAGUCAAAUCUGUGACAGAGGAUUUCAUGUAGAUUUCUUUAAAGAACACUGUGAGAUAAUUAGCAAAAGCACAGAAAAAGUUGUUCUAGAAGGAUACAGACAUGGAAAUAUUUAUGAAGCCAAGCUUUCUUUAAACUCUGAUAACUCAGAAAUCUGUCUACUUGGCAGAGCUAGUGUUGAAGACAGCUGGAACUGGCACAAGAAACUUUCUCACCUGAAUUUUAAUAGUAUCAAUGAACUAGUGAAGAAGGAUCUUGUAAAAGGACUGCCCAAAUCAGUAUUUACACCAGAUGGUCUCUGUGAUUCCUGUCAAAAGGCAAAACAGAGAAAAUCUUCUUUUAAAAGUAAGUCUGAGUCCUCAAUUCUUGAACCCUAUCACUUGCUGCAUGUUGAUCUGUUUGGACCAGUAAAUGUGAUGUCUAUUGCCAAGAAAAGAUAUACUCUGGUUAUUGUUGAUGAGUACACCAGGUACACAUGGGUAUAUUUUCUACAUAGUAAAGAUGAGACAACUUCCCUACUGGUUGAACAUGUCAAGCAACUGGAUAAAAUUUCUAAGGAUGCAGUAAAGAUAAUUAGAAGUGAUAAUGGAACUGAGUUCAAGAAUUCAAAAAUGGAAGAGUUCUGUAAAUCAAAUGGGAUUAAGCAAGAAUUCUCUGCACCUGGUACACCUCAGCAAAAUGGUGUUGUGGAGAGAAAGAAUAGAACUCUAAUAGAAGCUUCUAGAACCGUGUUUAUUGCUCUUUUGUUUUUUAGAGGGGGGAGUUACUGUAACAGGAGAGAUAAAAUCAUAGUAUUUGCAGAUUCAGAAUUAAGGUGUAUAAAACAUGGAAGAUUAGCUUCUCUUUAG